AAGAGAGAGCAUCUUUUAAUCCCCCACACUGCUUCUUGUGUGUCGUGAACAUUUUUUAGAGCCUCUGGGAAAAAAAGGAAAAAUAAAAAAAAUAAAAGUGUGUGUGUGAAGUGAUGAGAUGAUGCUGAUGCUGAGGAGGGAGGAGGAGGAGGCGCGUCUCGUUUUUGGACCACUAUGCCGGCGUUUUUUCCAAAUGCGCGCACCGUGAGAUUGUGUCGAAAAACGGGAGAGACCUGCACAGCUGCUGCUGCCGGUAUGUGAUGAGCGACUUCACACACUGAAGGUAAUAAGAAUCAGAAGAACCGGCUCGGUGUUGAAUUAGCUUCUGUUUCCUCUCUCUCUCUCUCUCUCUCUCUCUCUCCAUCCCUCUCUCUCUGUCUCUCUCUCUCUCUCUCUCUCUCUUCUUUCUCUUGCAUCAAUGUGAUGCUGCGUGAGGCUGCUGGCCGAUGAUGCAUCGUUAGGCUCUGACUGUGUGAAUUCGCAUCUACAAUACUCCGACUGUUCUUGGCAAUAUAAAGUCUUUUUUUUUUUUUUUUGCUGACCCACCUUGCGACAAAAAAAAAUUGAAAUGCCUUCUUUCGACGCGAGGUGCGAGGAUGCCUGUAGCUGUGGUUGUGUCAUUGCUGCGGCACACUCCGGAGCUCCCUGGCUCAAGACAGACAGCUGAAGAGAAGACAGCGAGCUAUCAGGGGCUUUACCAACCAACAUAAAGCCCAUAGGAGCCUGUGUAUAUGUGUAUAUGUGUGGAGAAGAAGGCCGAGCUGCUGACACUGUUGAGCUUCUGUUGCAACACUGAGCUUUUUGGGGGGCUUCCCAAGAAGCUGCCACAUCCCCAAAAUCCUGUCUGAGGACUGCUGUGAGCUUACAAGCUUCCUGAUGGUUUCUGGAGAGCAGCCCUGAUGCAUCUUGUGAGCGUGAGAACUCAAAGAGACCCCUUUUUGCCAGGUCUGCAUCACCAGACAGGAGCAGACGGUAACUCUGUGUGUGUCAUGUUAGAGGCUGGACUCUCGCCUGCUCCCUCCAGCUCUCAGCCAAAAUCUCUGACCUGCCCUGUCUGAGACCUUUUUUUGUAUGAGCAGCACUGCUUCGCACAUCGCAGCACAACGGGGGAAACAGUGCAGCACCACAGCAGACAUUAUUGUUUUGUGGUGUGUGACCAUUCAUCCAUCCAUCCUGUAUCCAAAUAAGAGCCCCCGGAAACCAGGGUCAGGAUGCAGGUGUCUUUCGCUUGCACCGAGCACAACCUCAAGAGUCGCAGCGAGGACCGGCUUUGUGGCCUUCGCACCGCUCCGCCUCCUGGAGGGAGCAGUGGAGGAGUAGGGGGAGGCGGUGGAGGAGGAGGAGGCGGCGGUGGUAGUGGAGGAGGAGGAGGAGGAGGCGGUGGAGGUGGUGGAGGAGGAGGUAGUGGACAAGGGAGCAAUGGCAACUACACGUCUCAAGGCUCGGUCAAGACCAGGGAUGGGUCCGGAUCCCGUCAGACUCCGCAUGGCCAUGCCCACAUGAAGGAGGCCCUCGGGCGCCACACCAGCAUGAAGUACAGGAACCUGGGGAAGUCAGGCCUCCGUGUUUCCUGCCUCGGGUUAGGCACCUGGGUGACAUUCGGAUCACAGAUCUCUGACGAGAUGGCAGAGAACCUGAUGGCCAUAGCUUAUGAGAACGGAGUGAACCUGUUUGACACGGCAGAAGUGUACGCCUCUGGAAGAGCUGAAAUCACUCUAGGGAACAUAAUCAAGAAGAAAGGAUGGAGGCGUUCAAGUUUUGUCAUCACAACAAAGAUCUAUUGGGGAGGCCAAGCAGAGACAGAGAGAGGACUCUCCAGAAAGCACAUUAUUGAAGGUUUAAGAGGAUCCUUAUCAAGACUCCAGCUAGAUUAUGUGGACAUCGUUUUUGCCAACAGAAACGACGUCAACAGUCCAAUGGAAGAGAUUGUACGGGCCAUGACGUUCGUAAUAAACCAGGGUAUGGCCAUGUACUGGGGAACCUCACGCUGGAGUGCAAUGGAAAUCAUGGAGGCGUACUCGGUGGCGCGCCAGUUCAACCUGAUACCACCUGUGUGUGAGCAGGCAGAGUAUCACUACUUCCAGAGGGAUAAAGUGGAGGUGCAGCUUCCUGAGCUCUACCACAAGAUCGGUGUUGGAGCAAUGACCUGGUCUCCGCUUGCUUGUGGAUUAAUCACAGGGAAGUACAGCGACGGCGUGCCAGAGUGCUCCAGAGCAGCAAUGAAGGGAUACCAGUGGCUGAAGGAGCGGGUGAACAGCGAGGAGGGCCGCAGGCAGCUCGCUAAAAUCAAGGAGCUCCAUCUACUGGCAGACAGACUGGGCUGCACUGCUGCACAGUUAGCCAUAGCCUGGUGUCUGCGCAGUGAGGGAGUCAGCUCAGUACUUCUGGGUGUUUCUAAUACAGACCAGCUACUUGAGAACCUGGGUGCCCUACGGAUUUUAUCCCAAAUGACCCCUCAAACCAUCACCGAGAUCGACGCGCUGCUGGGAAAUAAGCCACACUCGAAGAAAGAGUUGCGCGCUUGAAGAUGCAAAUCUGAGUGACAGACGAUGUUUCGAGAAGACAACGAAGAAGACACUAAUGACAUUGGGAAACAUCGCUUUUUGCUCUGCUCUAUACUCAACAACUUGCAUGUCCUCAGCAACAUUAUGCUUCCAGUAUGUGCGCAUAUCCAUUUUGCGCAGUACAUUGUAUCAUGUAUGAAAAAAAAAGAUCUCUUAAUUGGAGGGGAAAAAAACAGGUCAUACAUUGCUCACUGCCGAUUGUUCACAGAUUAAUUAUUUCUACAGGAGGGGGAGGAUGGUUGGAGCGACACGUCUCUGCCAUCAAGAGGUUGAGAGCUAUUCAACUGUUGUCAAAGCAGAUUUGACUAUUGUUAAUCAAAUGUUCUAAAGUGGGAAAGAAACCCACCUCCGUGCUAAAAUGCAACUUUAAAGCGUGAAUGGUGCUUUCAUUGGACAUGUGAGUCUCCUCCCCUCGCAGCUGCCUGUUAUUCUGUAUGAUGUUUAGUACCCAGCAGCCAGAGAGCCAAAGGUUAGUACUCAUGUGUCUAGCCACAUUUCCCAUAGUGUGCAUGUGACUGGUCUGCCACGCUCACUGCUUUACAGGGUUGGGAACAAUGGUUUACUUGUAAAGUAAAAAAAAAAACCUAAUCCACUUUAAAAAAAGAACAGAUCACAUGCUUUAAAAAAAAAAAUAGGCGACUAUUUUGAGCAUUUUUACACAUACUGAUUGAUUUUGGCACAAAUUACUUGAUCUAAAUGAAAAUGAAUGGAUCAUACUGCAACUGGCGUCUGAAUUCGAGUGCAUUAUGUUGGUUAUUACAAUCAGUAGUGGGUCAGAUAUUGAAAGUAACUCUCCCAACCCUGCUGCUUUCUCAGCAGUCUUUUUGCCUCUUCUGUUUGUAAACUGUGCGCAUGUCCCUUUAAGAGAGAAUAGCCCCAACAGGGUGUUAAUGUGGCAUGGCUUUUAUGGCUUAUGUAGAUUUGCAUCGCCCUUGUAAGCCAUUUUUUUUUACUCUAAAUGGUCUGGCAGUUUGACCCGGGAUCCGUGCUGGCGGGCACUCUCGCUUUAAAGACUCUCUGCAGUCUGCAGACACGGCUGUGUGUCCAUCCGACGUAUAAUCUCUGUAUUGUCCUAAACUGUAUCAAAAGAUGUUGACAUCGCCGUCAACGGUUGUGAAGAGCAUCAUUGUUCCUAAAUCAGAGGUUUGAGACAGUUGGACUAAAGGUCGUUGAGCAUCUGGCACAAAGAUGUGGACACACUGGGUGAACAAGUAGUUUUCAAAUGAAAGGACAUAAAUGAUAAGAGUUUAUCAAGUGUGAUAUGACUCUUGCCACAGGUCUCUUGGGGUAAGAUUUAGCAAAUGUAACUUUUCUUUUGUGGAAGCCUAAAAAUAUAGCUUCUCUGCUCAUUUCUCUGGGAGUUUCUCUCUCUCGCUCUCUGUAUUGUUUGUUCCCUUGAUUCUUGCACACAUGCACAACUGGUUUUCUAAUGUGCAUUUCAUGUCUUUUCUCUUUAGUUUUGUAUUCAUUUCAAUACUUUGUAAUGUGAAGGAGGGGAUUUGUUCCUUUUUGUGAUUUUCCCCAUGAAAACAGCACUAAUCUCCAGAGCGGGGUGUGUGUUUUGAUACAUGCAGUUGUUUUAGUUGGUGCAAGGUUACACUGUACUGUAAAUAGGCUUAUCUGUUUGGCAAUGAGAUGAAGAGAUAAAAGGUUAAAUAUAUGAAUCAUGAAAGAACUCCAGAUGGAGCAGCUGAAACGUGUGACUGUGAUGAUGUACGGUUGGACCGAGUGUAGCUUCCAGUGUACAUAUAUACUACAAUCAAACCUGGGAAAUGUAACUUUGCCUGCAUAACUUCUAUUUUACUGUCUUGCAACAAAGAGAAACCAAACGAGAGAAGAGACAACUCAAACUGAAUGUAUCAUGUCUGUUCAACCUAAAGCACAUAUCGUGUUUUAGAGGAAGUUUAUUUUUGUGUUUUUGACCUGUUACGUUGAAACCUGCAGAGCUGUCGUGCAAACUUUUACAUUGGGAUUUGGACAAAAAGGUUGUUCAUACAUGGAGCUUCAUGCACACACACACACACACAGUCUACAUGUCUAUAGGAAGUCAGAUACGAUUUUGUAUUCAUAACCUGAACCUAUAGGGCAGGCUAAUCAUAGCUGUUAUGUUAAAGUUACUCAACCUUCCAUGUUAACAUUUGGAAUAAACUGUUUAUUUGUGUAUAUGUGCAGGCAUACUAAUUUAUGAGCUGCAUAUAAACAUCCUACCCUUAAAAAUGACUAAAUAGCAUAUGGGCUAUUACCCACAAUGCACUUAACUCUAGGAUUUAACAUACCAUGUGCUCCCAUGAUGGUUUUCAGCUGUCUUCUGCACACUUUAGUGAACAAUAUGCUCUUGUUUUACACUUUAUUAACUCACACUUUAUGUGCACAACACUGUAAUCCCUCAGAUUCAACAUGUUUAUGCAGAUAAACAGUAAAAAAAAGCAGCAGCAGCUCCUUGAACUACUGUUUUUCUCUUUGUCACAACUACUCUAUGCUCAUAACUUAAGCCAGCAAACAAAGACAGCACCAGAUAACGCCCACACCAUAAUGCUUACCUCCAAAGCUUAUCACUGACAUAACUGAGUCAACAUUGAACCCUGAACAGGUUUGACUGCUCAUUUCUGCACCCAGUGAAGCUCUAAAUGUGCCUUUGUGUGUCUACUUCUUGGUUUGUUACACUAAAAGGAGUGUAGACAAUGACAACAGCAGGUACUGAGCAUGGAAAUAGUACCAUGACUUUGUCUGUAGUAUAUGUGUAUUGAAAGAGAUAUAUUCAUUUCGUUAAAGUUUUAAAGUCUUCUACAAGGCACAUCAAAAAUCUUGACUAUCUAUGAGGCUCUUCAGAGAGAGAAAGAUUCAGAGCUGCUUGUGAAAUCUCACACUGAAUAUUGUUUGUGCUCAUGCAGACGUAGAUUAAGCUGUUACUUUUAUUCCCUAGAGUUAUUCAUUCUGUUGACAUGACCAAGCUUUUAGCUCUCUUGCAUAUUAGUUUGUGACAAACAGCUUUGUUAUGCAGGCUCACUCAUUAUGUGUAACAAAGGCCCAGACCUACUAGAUAUCUGUGGGGGUAUUGUAGGCAAUUAUGGUUUGAAAAAUGGCACUUUUGAAUUAUUAACCGUGUAUACAUACAAUUAGAUAAAAUACAAAGCAUACAAACGUGCCACAAUUGCACUUACAUGUUAUAAAAGGAUGUAUUUUGAGGUUUGGUAAGUAAUGACUCUUGUCCUUGCUGAUAAUUAAUGGGAAAAGAAAUGACUGCUCCACAAGGAGGCGGAUGAAAAACUUAAACUUAACAUGCAAAUAACUCUUUGAAGUUAAAAAAAGGUAAGAGCUACCAAGCCUUGCAAUAUUUUCACUGCUUUAGAGAAUAAUAAAAAAAUGUCUGACAGCGUCACCUGAGGGCCCCUGGCUCAUUCAAAUGUAUGAUAGAAGAACAAUGUGAUAGCUGCUGUGUGUCCAGCACUGAUCUGUGCUGCUAGAAGAGCAAAGCCUGCUGGGACGCCACAAACACAACACAUCUGUGAUGCCAACACUGCUAGCCUCUCUGUUACUGGCCUCCCGCAUGUCACCGGAGUGGGAGAUGAAACAUAUGUGUGUAUUACAGGAAGCCACCCUCUGAUAAAGAUUAUCAUAUGUGCUGCAAAACGUCGGAUGUGUCACCGCCAACACUGCCGGAGAGAAACAGGUUUCACCGCAUGAUUCAUCCUUCUUGUGAGGAAGCUUGUUGGACAAGGUGAUGAAAAACAGAAAGCAAAGAAGUAGCCUGUCAAUAGAUGAGCACAUUUGAGAUUUACAAACCCCCACAUCUAAUAAAACACGCUCAAUACCUUG